AUGGGUGACGUCGUGUUAUUGUGGCAGUCUAUACUGGUGCGGUGGGAGGCACCUGGGCAACGGUGGCAGCACGGCGCCCUCACUGGUUACAAGGUGCGGUACCGCGCCGCCCGCAGGAAGCCCGCCUCGCUCACCACGCCCGCCGAUACUACCAGGGCGCUGCUACGCGCCGAUCCCAACACCCAGUACCAGGUACACUCGUCUGUUUCAACUGUAAUUCUUACUGCACUGUUUUUAAGCGAGUGGGUGACCGCCGCCACGCCGCGCCGCCCGCGACACGACGCCGCCGCCGUGCCGCCGCGCCCGCCGCCGCUCACUACUCGCGCCGGCCGUGAUUGGAUCUCAGUGUGGUGGGACACAGAGAAGGAGACGGAGGCGGAGGAGGCGUGGGGCUGGGUGCUGGGGUGGGGAUUGGGUGUCCCGGACACGGCGUCCCGGGAACUCCCGCCCGGGACACACUCGCACGUCAUCCGGGGACUCAAGUCUAACGAGGAGUACGUGAUAUCAUUGCGUGGUUCUAACGCGUUGGGCCUGGGCCCGGCCGGGUACGCGACGGUCCGCACGCGGCCGCCGCCCGCGCACGACGCCGCCGACGAUGACGACGACGUUGAUGACGCGGAUGAUGACGAUGAUGACGACGAGCGACUAGUGAUAAUGUUGAGCGGCACGACAGCCGUGGUAUACUGGACGGACCCUACACUACCUAAAGGACAGACUGCUACGGAUGGACGUCGGUAUGUAGUGAGAUGGACGACGCAGGGCUCGCGGCCGCACACCUACAACGCUACAGACCUCAACUGCAUGAUAGACGAACUUAAGCCAAACACACAUUACGAAUUCGCCGUCAAACUCAUACGUGGCGGUCGUGAGUCGCAGUGGUCGAUGAUAGUGUCGAACACGAGUCUGGAGGCGCCCCCCGCGUCGGCUCCCCGCGACCUGCGUGCCUCUCCCCCGCCGCCCCCCGCGCCCCCCUCACGGUACGUCGAACUUGCCUGGAGCCCGCCCGCCAAACCCAACGGACAAAUCACAGGAUACGUGGUGAUGUACGCCAUCCAGCGUACUGGGGGUGGGGAGGAGUGGGCGGCGGUUUCAGUGGCGGGGGAACGCGGUAGGGCGCGGGUGGAGCGGUUGCGGCCUCGGACUUCGUACCUAUUCAAGGUUCAAGCCCGGAACAACAAGGGACUCGGCCCCUUCUGCACUCCCCUCGUUUAUACCACACCGCUCGAGUCCGGCGAGGGCGGAGGACUGGCGUCGGCGACAUCCGCGUGGCUGUGGGCUUCCGCGGGGGGCGCGUGUGCCGUACUGGCAUUAGCCGCAGCCCUCGCGCUCUCACUCUGCUGCCGCCGCGCCCCGCCCCUCUCCCCAGACACCAGGUGUGUAGUAUAUAUGUGACACGAGUAAAUAUACUUUUAGUCCGUUUCACAUAGAUUGGUUACUGGUGAUGGUUGUUAACAAAUCCAUUUCACGCAAUUUGUAUUUCCAAAUUAUUAAUAAUCAUCUUAUUAAAGAUAGUUUCAUUGUGUAUCUAUUAGAUCUUUAUUUAAAUUCGCAUAUUAAAAUUAUAUUGACCUCAUAAUCGAUUAUCUAUAUUAGAAAUGAACUCUAUAACAUCGAAUUUUUGUGUAUAGAUUUUUAUGAUCGCAUCACUAAAAGCUUCAUAUAAACGUACCCAUGCUAUGCAUGUGAAAAAGACUGGCCAUAAAUACUGUUAGAAAUAAAAAUAAACAAAAUAUUACUUUUGAAUUUCGAAUCUGUCAUUUUUGUAUGAAUGUUCAUUGUCUUUUCAAUUUUCACGUCAGUACAUUAUAAACUAUUUGGUAAUGUUAAAAUGGGGCGGGCACAUACCAGAAGUCGUCAGCGUCGGCGGGCAUCAAGCCGCCUGACCUGUGGAUACAUCACGACCAGAUGGAGCUCAAGCAUAUGGACAAGGGGAUACAUUCCAGCGCUAGUAAGAUAUCGGGUGGGAGUGGGGAGACCGGGCCACUGAUGUCAUCGACGCUGACCUUGGCGCGGCCGCCGCCGGCUCCUGGUGACUACGAGCCCGCUCGCCCCCGCCCUGCCUCCCUUGACCGUCGACACUACGUGCCCACAUACGUCGGUACGUAUACUCUAUCCGCCACGCCUCCUUUGACCGCCGCCACUACGUGCCCACAUACGUCGGUAGCGGCGCGUCGUGCAGCAGCGAUGACGCGUGCAUGUCUCGCGCCUCCCCCGCCUCACAACCAGCGUGCCGACGAUGCGACUAUAUACGUGAGUUAUACACACUACACUACAGACACUAAUACUUGUGUAGAGUAUAUAGUGUAUGCACAAGGUUUAAUUCUCUACGUUCUGAUAUGAGUAGGAGGGCGUGACGUCACGUGUUGUUUGCGGUCACGUGACGACGAGUAUAAUAUAUAUAUAUAUAUAUAUAUUUUUUUUCAUAAUUAAUUUAAGCAAUAUUUUAAAUAUAAUAAGCAUAUAAGUGUUAUUCUCGGUAAUCGCAUAUUAAACACUAACAGAAAAAAAUAUAUUUUCGUUUGCUGUAUACACCCAUAUGUUACAUCUAUAGAUUUAAUGUAUAAUCUAAAUUUUAAAAUGUAUAUCGGUAAUUACGUAUUAAGGUAAUGACGAUUUUAAUGGACUUUUGUGCAACUGGGAGCAAGUAAUAUAUUAUUAAUAUUUGUACGUGUGUCCGUAGCUAUGACGGGUGUGGGCGUGGGCGUGGGCGUGGGGUGCGCGGCCACGUGUGACCGCCGCCCGCACGCGCGACAUCCACUACCAGACCAGAGUACCCCGCUGCUGUCGAGCGUGGGUCCACUGGGCUCUCCACAGGCAUCGCUGGGCUCGCUCCACGCUCACCCAUCUCAUCCCCCGCCACCGACAUGUGGGUCGGCGGCAUGUCCGCUGGGGGCGGCAUGCGCGGCAGGGGGCGGAGCAGGGGGCGGGGACAUAUACGCGUGCGCAGCUAGAGAGAGAGGGCACUACGUGGCCUACGAACCACUAGGACACUACACGCAUCACUGUCCUAUGGAGCUGGAGCCGCUGACGCCGUCCAGGUCCACGGAGAGGCUGCACCGCGAGAUGCAGAACCUCGAGGGACUCAUGAAGGACCUCUCAGCCAUCACACAGCAACAGUUCCACUGCUAG